AUGACAGAGUCACAAGCCUGGGUGUUUUCCCAGCGUGGCCUUCCCUGGGACGUUCUCAACCUCACAAAUCGCCCGAUCCCAACCCUACCACCGCCUCUCCCACUUCCCAGCGACGUACCGAAGCCAGAAGAAUGGAUUCUCGUCAAGGUCGCCUUCGUUGGCCUCAACCCCGGUGCCAUCUUUCAGAUGACUCUUGUCCCGCCUUUCAUCCGACAACCAUCAUGUGUGCCUGAAAUGGAUUUUUCCGGUACCGUGAUUGAUGUAUGGCAUCCCGAUGAAAACACAGGAGAGGCAAGCAAACGGUUCAAGAAGGGUGACAAGAUUCUCGCCAUGCUACCCGCCAGUCACACCCUUCCAACAGGCACUGGUGCUCUGGCGCAACACGUCCGUAUUCCGGCCCGAUAUGCAGUUCACAAGCCCGAAAAUGUGAGCUUUGGCGACGGUGCGGGAUGUUUGCUCCCCGGCUUGACGGCACGACAGCUGGUGAAUGAGUCUGGCGCCAAGGCUGGAGAUAGGGUGCUGGUGAACGCAGCCAGUGGAGGAAUCGGAACGAAUGUCGUACAAAUGCUUCGAAAGGUUGUUGGAAAGGAGGGAUACAUCGUGGGUAUCUGUAGUGGGAAGAAUGCCGAGAUGGUCAAGGGUAUUGGAGCUGAUGAGGAUCUUCCUGGACAUCUUACCACUUGCUUCUCUACCAGUCCUUUCAACACCAUCAUCGACACCCUCGGUCACCAAUCACUAUACAUCGCAUCCCCCGCAUACCUCGUUCCAGAAGGAAACUACUCCUCUGUCGGCAUCAAACCACCAACAUUCUUCGUCCCCGACUUUCUCCGGGCAGUACUCCAAAUGAAGCUCAACGAAUGGUGGCCAGUCUCACGAUGGCUCGGCGGAGUCGGACGACGAUGGCUAGGCACAUCGAUGAUGAGCCCUACACUAGAGGAUCGUCAGGCUGUUGUCGACAUGCUUGGACGAGGCGACAUUCGUCUUGUGAGGGAUAGUGUGUGGUCAUUUGCAGAGACGAAGGAGGCGUAUAGGAAGCUUGGUGGGCUUCAUGCUCGAGGUAAGGUGUUGGUCAAGGUGGAUGAGGAGAUUGGAGACGAUGAGUGUUGA